GGUACCAGCGGCUGCGUUGGUCGGAGUAGGAAUGGGUAAUUUAAACUGUGCUGUACUUCCACAGUGUGUACCAGCACUUUUAUUGUUGUUAGCCUGCAUAUUUGGGCUGUCAUUCGGUACCGAACUGAGUUUUGUGACAUGCGGAUCAGUCAUUAAGUUGUUAAAUAUAAAGCACAAUGUGAGACUACACUCGCACGACGUACGCUACGGUUCUGGUAGCGGGCAGCAGUCUGUAACAGGGGUGACCGCAGUGGAAGACAGUAACAGCUACUGGAGUGUUCGAGGGACAAGCGACGCCUUGUGCCAUCGGGGUACCCCGGUCAAGUGCGGGCAGACAAUCCGGCUCACCCAUGUCAACACAGGCCGGAACCUGCACAGCCACUACUUCGCCUCCCCGCUGUCCUCUAACCAGGAGGUGAGUGCGUUUGGCGACGAAGGGGAAGGCGACCUCCUGGACGAGUGGACAGUUCAGUGUGGGGGAUCCGUGUGGAAGCGCGAGGAGGCGGUCCGCUUCCGCCACAAGGCCACCGAUGCGCUGCUGUCAGUGACGGGGGAGCAGUAUGGACGGCCGAUCCACGGUCAGAGGGAAGUUCACGCCAUGUCGAGCCCCAGCCAGCACAGCCUGUGGAAGGCCAUGGAGGGAAUCUUUAUGAAGCCCAGCGAGAUCCCCGCAGGCAGCCGAGACUACAGUCACCCACACACAGAGUUCUGACCUUGACUUUUCUUCUCUGCUUCUGUCACGUCCUGUUUUUUCUCUCUGCCUACCACUGUAUUCAUACCGCUUCCCUAAUUACACCUCAACCAGCAGCUCUCCCCUUCUCUUGUCUCAUUUUUCUCUCUCACUAAUGUUUCCAUCCUCUUGUGAGGAGACUGUGCCAAAGUCUGUCAUGAAUCAGGGUACAAGGACUUUAUCUUAUCAACCCCUCUCACAUUCAUUGUGUUGUAGGACAUACUACUUGAAUCUGCAAAGAUCCAGCAGCUACUCAGACAGCUAACAAUAUUUCAACCACAUCAUACUUUGCCUUAACAGGUGCAAGAAGGCAUAAAUGUGUUAAGAAUGCUGUUUUAUAGUAUAAAAACUCAUCUUUAUUGCAGUAUGUGACAGUUACAUCCAAGUAGAGGUGUUCCUCUCAGCUGUUAUUUAUUGUUAAAUAACUGCCAUCAGCAGUCACGCUACAAUGCAGAAGGCAGUGCAGUCAUUAAGUGAGUUUUGUGUUUUGUUGGACUGGAAAAAAAAAACAUUGUUACACUUGUGCCUUUAUCCUUUUUUAAGAAGUUGAAGGUGUUUACAUUGUGGAGCCUUUAAAACUUUUGGAAUCAAGAAUUUUAUUACGUUUUUAUGGUAUUUAUAAGCCAUCUUGUACUCAUAUUCUUCUCAAAUGGAUAAGCAGUGUUACUAUGGUAAAUUACCCCACCCCCCUUAAGUCAGAUUCAGUGUUUCCUAAAAAGUAUCCCACACUAACUGACAUGAGAGGAUAAGCAGCUUUGUUUCUGGAGGUAUUUUUUUAUGUACAUCAUUGAACUGGAUGCUGUUUAUUAUCAUUGUAUGAUCAGUUUCCAAGUGCUGGGAGAAAGCACAGUGUUUUACAUUCAUGCUGUCUGUGCAUGUAUAUGUAUUAGAUCAACUCUUUGUUCCAGAGGUUCAUAUGAGCUACAAACAUGCAUUGAAU